ACUUUAGUCUAUGGUCAACUUGCUUGUUGUCGGUAUUUCGGUGAAAUUUUUAUCGAAUUUAACUCAAAAUGUCUAACAAAAGAAACAAGGAGGUAAUAAACCAAGACAGUGAAAGCGAAGAAGAACAAGAUUCCGGCAGCGAGAAGGAUUCCGACUUCGAUUCGGAUGGAAACUUCGUAGGAGACAAGGAACUCCAAGCAGACUUUGAGGGCAGGAAUCCAGAAGAUUGCGAUUUUCAUGGCAUCAAACAACUGCUGAGGCAACUGUUUCUAAAAUCUAAUGUUGACUUGGGAGCCCUAGCACAGAUUAUUAUUUCACAAAACUACGUAGGCAGUGUAGUGAAGCAAUGCCUGGACGACGGGCUGGACGACGACGACGACGAGGACGAUGGCAGCGACGGAGUGUUUGGCAUCACCACAGUUAUUAACAUCACUAAGAGAAAAGAGGAGCCGUGUGUGAAACAGAUCCGCACGCUGCUAACCACACUGGCCAAUGACAACGCAGAUGACCGCACGAAGGCACUCGUCAACAACAUACUCACAGACGACACCAAACAAGUAGGAUUUGUUAUUAACGAAAGGAUUCUCAACAUUCCAGCUGCAAUCAGUGUACCUCUGUUCGCGUCCCUACAGAACGAAUUAGACAAAGCGAUAAAGAAAAACAUGCCCUACGUGUUCCAAUACCUCAUAUGGAUCUGCAAGAUAUACAAAACUGGAGACGAGGAUUCGGAAGUGCUAUUCGCGAACCAGGAAGAGAAGCCCCUGGUGGAGGAAGCCCUGGCCAGCUUCGACGUGGACGUGACGGAGCAGGCUGACCUGUCGCAGUGGGACUACGAGGGAGGCGCCAUGACGCCUUGCAGGAAGGUACUUAUUUUCGAAGGCAGCAAAUUCAACCAACUAAUCAGACUACUAAAAGAAGAAGUAGAAAGUGUAUAAGAAUCUACUAAACUGAAUAUCAACGCACGCCUAUGUUACAUGCCAUAAAUACAUAAUGUAUUUUGUAUAUUUAUACUUUUAAGAUAAAAUAAAUGUGAGCCAAGCUUUA